AUGUUUGAUUGGAACGACGAAGAACUUGCUAAUAUAAUAUGGGAUGAGGGAGGUGAGAGUGAUGACCAUAUUGUGCCUUUUCCGGAGAAAAGUGAAGAUUAUAGAAACAAGAAAGAAUUGAAUCAGGAACCAGCUGUGUGUAAGCUUACCAAGCGGAAGCAACCUGAAACGAAAACUGAUUUUCACAGAAAACCAGGAAGCAGUUUGAACCUUGAUAAUAGUGGAAGACUACUUGCCACGGGAUAUGGAGAAAGCUCAUGGUCGGACUUGUCUUUAUCCAGUGCAGCUAAAAUUGAUCAGUGUCCUCUGGGAAAUGACCUAUCUAAAAAUCAAGAAGAGACCACACAUCACGAGAAUGAUGCCGAAUUUUUUCAAAAUGCCGACGAAGGGAAAGAACAAGGUGAUUUUGUUGAUUACGACUGGGCUAACAUAGGAAGUUUUGUUGACCUUGAUCGAAUUUUCAGCAAUGAAGACCCUAUAUUUGGCCAUGAAAGUCUUGAUAAUUCUGAUGAGCUUUGGUCUGCUAAAGAUGCGAGUAACGAUCAAGCACCAGCAUCCUUGGAUGCACCAAAUCCCACAGAUGCUUUAAGGAGUAGAUCAGGGCAUUUUGAAAUCAAAGAAGAACACAUUCAUUGCAGUGAUCAAUCAUUUUCCCUGAGUUACGAGAAGAUUUCUGGUCCUGCAUAUCAAAGUAUACAAAAUUCACACACAACAACUGAUAAUGUGGAAUGUGCUGGAGAUAGAUGUAAGCUUACUGGAAAGGAGCAGCAGAGUUUUAGGCAAACGAAUCAGUUGGAAAUCAAGAAAAAAUCACUGAUAAAACAAGAGGGAAAAGAUUUGCAGGAUUAUAAUGGGAAUUGGUCUUCUUCAGCAACAUCGGCAAGACAAUAUGAGAAUCAAUUGACACCUUCUGUCUUACAAUCUUUCCCCUCUUCAAUUCUUGGGCAACAGAAGCAACUCCAAGGACCUGAAACACUAUAUCAGAACAUCAUAAAUCCAUAUGCAGCACCUUCUGUGUAUGGUAACCUUACUAAUGCAUAUCCUGCUAUGCCAAUGCUAUCACAGAUUCAGUCGGGAAAUCUUAGGCAUCAGCCUGUGCUCUCUGGGUAUGAAACAUCUCCUGCUUCGGUGAAUCCUAUCAAUUAUGCAGGCUCAGUCAAUCCUCAAACUAUGACUCCUCAGGAAAAAAUUGAAAAAUUGAGGCGGCGGCAGCAAAUGCAAGCAAUGCUUGCUAUUCAGAAACAGCAGCAAGUACUGGGCCACCAAGUUCCUAGCACUAGUAAAUCUGUCGCUCAAAAAGGCCGCCCAGAAAUUCAAAGUCAUCUUAGUGAUGGGACUGAUCCUAAAAUUGAAGAUUUAAGAACUCUUCCUCCAAUUGAACAAGAUGAUUCUAAUACAAUAUCUUUGGCAAUUGAUGAUGAUUUUGUUGAAGAAACCAUACUGUACAGGAUUCAGGAUGUUAUAUCAAAGUUAGAUGUCAAAACAAGACUCUGCAUCAGAGAUAGUUUGUUUCGGCUGGCACAAAGUGCAAAGCAAAGGCAUUAUGCUAGUGACACAAGCAGUACAAACAACAAUAACAAAGAGGAGUAUGAAUUUUUUGCAAAAGAAAGCAGUAGCCAGGACAGAUAUGCCAGGAUGCCUGAUGUUGAAACAGAGACGAAUUCCAUUGAUCGAACUGUGGCUCGUUUACUCUUUCAUAGGCCUUUGGAGUUAACAGGAAAUUAUUCUGACAAAUUGGAGUCACCCAUUUCAACUAAGGUGCAAUGUGAAAACAAAGCAGCUGACCAAGUGGACUUCUCCAUGAGAUGCUUACAAGAGGAGGACUUGAGAUGUAAUCAACACUUUUCUCCCCUUGGGUUAGAGAAUCACCGUCCAUCUUUUGCAGUCCAGCCUGUGAAUCAAGUUAAAAGCAGUCUCGGCAUAACUUCAGAGAAUGCAUCUAACCCUCAGGAGUUUGAAGCCUCUCAAUGA